UGGUUGGUAAGGCGUUUUUUGCCAACUCGAACUUGGCGGAUGUUGUGGGUUCGAUUUCCACCGGGAGCCUUGGGUGUAUUUGUAAUUGUCCGAUUUUAACGGAUGGCAAAAAUUACCUAAUUUACUCGUUGAUAUAUGGAAAACCCUGGGCAGCCGUCUAAGUAAAGACGCGAGCUCAUUGUAUAAUAGAAAAAAAAACUUCAAAGGUCCAUUGCGUAUAAAGAAAUUAAUGUAACUGUUCUGUGAUGUACCAUAACCUAAAAACAUCGUAGUUUUGGAACGACAAAUGGAAAGUUGUUUCUGGUUUCUGUUUAGAAAAAUCUUCUACUCAUUAGAAUGAAGACGAGUGCACAGAACUCGCCCGAUGUUAUCGAAUUCGACGUUAGCAAUGUGAAAAAAAAACCAUGGGGCCGGCGCAGGGAGGACCAGAAGCAUGACAGGCGGAACCAACGCUUCAAAAUAACAGCGAAAAUAUCGAAUCCGAAUCCAAGAUUCAAGGGAAAGGCUCCUAUACCGAAAGAGUUGCUCGAAAAGUAUAGCAAAGGGGAAGGUGUUGGUUUAAAAGGUGUGCACACGAAGGUGCACCGGAAAAAAAUUGAGCACAAGGAAAAAUCGAUCAAGUUCGCCAAUGAAUUAGCCGCCCGGACGGAAUUAUUACUGACCGAGGAGGCGGGGUUCUUGGAAGCAGACGCGGGCGAGACCACCACCCAGUUCACGCAGAAGCAGAUCGCCAAUAGCGUCGACAUAUCCGCCGCGGCCAAACAUUUUGAGUUAAAACUCGAGUUUGGCCCCUACCGCGCUAGAUACACAAAAAACGGACGCCAUCUGGUGCUGGGUGGUCAAAAAGGUCACGUGGCCGCGUUCGAUUGGCUUACGAAAAAAUUGCAUUGCGAGAUAAAUGUCAUGGAGUCUGUCCACGACGUGUGCUUCCUACAUCUCGAGACGAUGUUUGCUGUGGCUCAAAAAAGCUGGGUUUAUAUCUAUGACCACCAGGGCAUUGAGCUUCAUUGCAUCAAGAGGCUCGACAGGGUGUCGAGGAUGGAGUUUUUAGCUUACCACUUUUUGCUUGCCUCUUGCAGCGACGUGGGUUAUCUGAGUUGGUUGGACGUGUCUAUAGGCCAACUGGUCACCCAGUACAAUACAAAUUUAGGUCGGUUAAGUAUGAUGUGCCAGAAUCCAUGGAACGCUUUACUUUGCGUGGGUCACGCGAAGGGCGUAGUUUCCAUGUGGUCUCCCAACUCGCGCGAACCUUUAGCCAAAAUGUUGUGCCAUAAGGCCCCGCUCAGCGCCCUCCACGUUGACCCUUCAGGCACGUACAUGGCGACCGCCGCCACCAACCGCGAACUGAAGAUAUGGGACGUGCGCAAGCUCGAGGGGCCGCUUCAGGAGUACAAAUUGGUGGCGGCGCCCCGCCACCUGGCCUUCUCGCAGAAGCAGCUGCUCGCUGUCGGAACUGGCAACAUCGUUGAAGUGUACAGGGACUGUUGUGCCGCCCGCGCGAAACGACCGUACCUCCGGCAUAGGUUCGCCGACUCGGUCGGUAACUUGAAUUUCUGCCCCUACGAGGAUGUGCUGGGCGUGGCAACUACCCGCGGUUUCACCAGCCUGCUAGUACCGGGGGCGGGCGAGCCCAACUUCGAUACGCUCGAGGCCAACCCCUACCAGAGUAAAGGUCAGCGGCGCGAGGCAGAGGUUAAGGCGCUUCUGGAAAAGGUACAGCCAGAUCUGAUAACGCUGGAUCCGACCACAAUAGCGGAAGUGGAUGUGGUGACCUUGAGGGAUAAGGUGGAAGCCAAAAAGAAACUGCUGUAUCUGAAACCGCCAAAAAUCAACUACGAGCCGAGGAAUAAGGGCAAAGGUAAAGGGGGUACGGUGAAGCUGGCGAGAAACAAGAAAAUCGUCCAAAGUCAGGCGAAAAAGGAGUUUAUCAACAUCACCAAAGGGGUAUUGAGCCGCGCAGAGGCCAAGAAGAAAAAGCCGUAUCACGUUUUGGAUCGUUUUUUACCCAGCAAAUAGUAAGAUUGGACAACAUAAUGUUUUUGUGCCAACAAAUUUUAAGUGAGAAUUAAAAUAAAAAAAAUUUAACUGGCAAUUUUGUGAUGGUGUACACCAUGUAUUUUGAUACAAUAACUGAUAUAAUAAUACUAAUUUUUACUUUUUUAAAUUAUACAUUUGAAAGGUGAAACUUUUAUACUAUUUAUAAAUUUUCAAAAUAGUAGACGCUAAGCAAUUUUUUCUAGCAAAGUGGACUUGAUUUUUUUGUUGGAGUGUUGGUUUUUAAAUUUUGAUAUAAUAGUGUUUGUUAGUGUUAAAAUGGCCAAAUUUUAUGCAAAGAUGUUCUUACUAACCAUAUAAGAGUAGAAAAGAGAAAAAUGGUUAUGUUUGCUGAAUAAAAUCCUAUACAUACCAAAUAAUAUAAUAAUAAUAAUAAUAAUUGGCACUUUUUAAAAUUAUAUAUUUGAAAGAUGAAACAUUUAUGCUAUUUACAAAUCUUCUAGAUUCCUUCUAGCAAGUUUGGAUCAUUAACAACCGACCCAAUUCCUCGUUAAAAAAUGUAUGACACACGCUUGUUCAGGUUUAGAUGCACAAAUUCGGGAAAAAAUAGCUGGUAAUUUGUUCUGCUAAAUUCCUCUCAAUCGAGUAGAUACAUAAAUGUAAAUAUUUGAUCGUGUCUACCAGGCUUUAAUUCGUUGCCAUUUGAAUUCGUGCGAGUUUGGCCGAGCGGCCAGUGUUAAUUUGGCUUUGCGCUCUCGAUAGUGACAUGUUUCCGGGUUGACCGGUACCCACGGUUAUCGUUUUCGACUAACAGAUGGCGCCGCGGGUUGCAGAAUCCUGCAUUCCCGGCUCGGAAUUUUUCGGGUUGUCGACCGAUACCGAACCUUGUUUUUGUGCGGUUAGGCAAAAACAAGAUUUUGUUCUUCAUAAAUAGUGUGCUGUGGUGUGUUUUUCGAUAGGGUUGUCGUUUUGUAAGUUACGGCCAUCUUGAUCGGCGACAGGCGGUUUUUAUUUUUGGCUCCAUCGUCAAUUAACUAUAUAUUAGGAUCAUAAAUUUUUUUAUCGUGUUGAAUUUCGUGCCUUAUCAUAGUCUUUAUAUAGUAACUUUGUGUUUUUUUUUUAUCUAAUCGGUGUUCAUAAACUGCUCGGGUGCUUAGUGUCAGAAAAAUGUUGAAACGUAGCGGGUGUGUAAUCGCCGUCCGAUUUUUCGGACAUCGGUACUCCACUGCGACGACUUCCGUGCUUCCCAAAGAG